AUGGUACAAGUGGAAGAGCCCGAGACCAAUGGAGUGGUUAUUAUUGGAAAUAACUCCGGUGGCACACAUAGUAGUAGUAGUAGUAGUAGUAGUAGUAGUAGUAGUGCAAGUACGAGCACUACUGCUAGUACUAGCAGUUCCGGAAGGGCCACAGCUGGAGCUUCUAUUGGGUAUACAGCAGCACCACAGCAGCAGCAGCAGCAUCAUAGUACAGCAUUUAUUCACAAAUUAUACAGCAUGCUGGAAGAUGAAGAAAUGAAAGAUUUGAUAUGGUGGUCAGAGUCUGAAAAUUCCUUCUUAAUCAAACCAAAUGAGAAGUUUUCAAAGGCAUUGGCUACAUUUUUCAAGCAUACAAACGUGGCAUCCUUUGUUCGUCAACUCAACAUGUAUGGAUUCCAUAAAGUUAGUGAUCACAAAUCCAAUGAAAAGAGUUCAGAGACUGAUGGUGCUCAUGGUAAUGGAGAUAUCGAGGAGGAUUCGAUUAAUCUCUGGGAAUUUCGACAUAGUCUUGGCUGCUUCAGGAAAGGUGAUAAGGAAUCGCUAAAGAGUAUCAAACGGAGGUCAUCUAAGAAUCAAAUUGUUACUGCACGGGUGAGUUCGACAUGCGGCGCUCCAUCACAUACGGCGUGUCAAGACCCGUCGUCCUGGUCGGACACAGGAGGUUGUUGUGGCCAUGUUCAGUCACCUGACGUGCCUGAUGCGUACUACCGAGGUUCUAUGUUUUACCAGCUCCCGUACUACGAGGUUUUACAACAAGGCCAAAAGCAACAACAACAAUAUCCAUUCCAACCUCAGCUUCAAGAGUUGCAAUCUCAUGACGCAAGGAAUCAUUUCGAUUACAAGCAGCAUCAAUUAGGGCUAAUGACUCUACAAAAUCGAUACGAUAAUGCAAUUGAGGAAUUAAGAGCCACAAAUAUGGAUAUGAUGAAGUUGUUGGAUCUCGUUCAAAAAGCUAUAUGGAUCUCUACAGUACCAAGUGCAUCGUCCAACACAUCUGCCAUUGCUCCGGGGGUAUCUAGUGGUAGUAGACCCUCUACACCUGUGAACGUCAGUGCACAAAUCGGUCAAGAUGUUGUGUCCCCUGGAUACGAACUAUCUCCCAAGACGAAUCAGAAACAAUACUUCGAACAAUUGAACCAGGAAAUUGUGAAGUUCAAGGCAUCCAUCCUGAAUAAAUUGCAAAGGCAAAUAGACUACCAUGCACCUUAUCAUUCACAAAAGUUGUCACAAGCGCCUGUGAUGUAUUACUCUUCUCUAGCUCCUUUAUCUUCAGAUCCUACCCCAGAUAUGGAGUUUCAACACUAUAAUAGCGCAAGCCCUAUUAAUAGCCCAGUUUCUGAUGGACUUUAUUCCACUAGCAAUCCGAUACCGGAGCAAACUUCUACAGCAACAACAGCAGGAAUUAAGGGCCCUCCCUACCUAAUGAUGAAUCCUUUUGCGAAGAGAAAAUCUACUGAAUCGUUACCGAAAAAGCGACAUAUGAGUGUUUUCAUGGAUCCAUUGGCCCCUGUACCACAACAGUCAGCUUCAACUAGUGCUCCAACUAAUAUUAACGAGCCACUAAGUGGGCCACAUAUUUUAGGAGGAACUAGCUCACCUUUUGUACCAACUAAUCUAUCUUCGAGGAUCAGUUCUAGACAAGACAGCCAAUGUGUUCAAACGUCCAAUCCAGUGACUAUGGGUGAAAAAGGACCGUAUUCGCCGCCUUUACAGGAUUCAACUCCACAUGCUCCCUUACAUUCUAGUACUUUAAUGCAUUCUUCGGAUGUAUCUCACAUCAGCCAUCCUUCUAGUAGUGUAUUUAAUACUGUAGGUGCGGCAAGUGUUGUUCAGUCAGCAUAUUCGUCCGUUCCUUCGACCUCUGGAUAUCGGCAUACUAUUCCAACUCCAAUUCCAUAUAAACCCCAAUUUCCGUAUGGUACUAUGCCUACCCAAUCUAUAGGAUCGUCGCAGUAUAUUGUGCCCUCUGCCCAGCAGAAUCCAAUUCAGAUGACACAUGCAUCGUCUGCUACAACAAUGUCGUCUCCUACGCCAUUUACAAAGUCAAAUAGUGUCGCUGUUGGAAACAGGAAAUCUUUAACUCAGCUCUCAUUCUCAAACCGAGUUCGUGAACCGUCAUCAUCAUCAUCCUCAUCAUCAUCCUCAUCAUCAUCAUCCUCAUCAUCAAUGGUCGUAAAAUCAAUGCCAAUCAAUGUACCCAACACAGAUACUACCCGGGAUACUGUGUCUGACCGGAAUAGUAAUAAAAAAAGGGAGUCUAUGCUCUAUUGA